AUGGGUGACGAGACCUUGGAACUCAAAAGUGUUGCUGACGACGAGGAGCAUGAUGUCAAUAAUGAGCACAGAUUUAAUUUCGCCGAAGCAGCGAUGCUCAUCCAAGGAUCGGCGUUUGUGUUCGGGAGGAAAGUCGAUUACGUUCACUCUCAAGCUGUUCACUUUUUCGAAGCACUGCAGUCGCACAAAACUAAGAAGAAAAAGAAAGGAGGAGAUGAAGACGAAGGUUACGAGGAUGACAAUGGUGUACCAUUGGAUCCAUGUGAUCUUUUGGAUUACUCUAACACCAAAGUAUGUAAUGUGAAUACUCUGUACAAGGACUUCUGCAAGUCGAAAUACCAUGGAAAACCUCCAAAGAUCACUGUGAUGCCGAUGUCCUUGAUGCCACUAGCUGAUAAUGAAAAGAAUGGAGUGUUGAUCUACUCCACUGGUUACCGCAAAGAGAUCGUAGGGAAAAUGGAUGACUUCAAAAUGAACUCAGGAUUUCUGAAUAGCAGAGGAGUGCUGUUGCUGCAAUUAGCUUAUAACAAGAUCGUUGACGAUUUUGCCAGCGAAGCAUUCCUUCGGUUAUGGCAUCCUUACCUUUUUGCCAAAAAAGAGGAGCCGAAGAAUCCUCUGCAGUCACAAUCACCGAUUCCGGAUUCUGGUAGAGGAACUCCUAUGGAAGGCAUUGAAAGUGCGGCUGACCAUGGUCGAGGAUCGAGUCCUAUGGAAGUUGCUAGGCGGACUACAUCUAGCACCGCUAAUGAUUUGCAGUCAGCGAGGCCUAGCACUCGUUUGCUGCAAACGCCCAUUGCGGAAUCGCAAAAAAUGGAAGUUGACGGAGUGGACGACGAUGGAGGCGGUUGUUACGAUGACUUCGAUACUGCAGCGAGCAUGCAUCUUCCAGUUCCUGAUCAUGAAGCCCAACGACCUUCCCGAGCAGAGCAACGACGGGUUGAAAAGAAGCCAUGGGAAGAUGUUGACGACGAUGAAGAUGACCCCACUGAGAAGCUUGUGAUGGAUCCAUUUGUGAACUCUAAGUGGAAGACGAAACCUGUCGAUAAGAUUAAACGUUUUGUUAAAGGAACUACGAUAGCCUCAAGACUGGAAAAGGUGGAGAGGGCGACGAUGACGUUACAGAAGCAAACCAUGCAGACUAAUGAUUACGUUAGAGAGCAUUUCUAUAUGCGCAAAAAACACAAAGCCACCGAUAAAGUCGAUGAUUGGCAAUCAGAUGCUCUGUAUCGGUUUAUCAUUGCCGUUAUGAAGAGGAGGGCAGAGGCAAAGCGGGAACAGAAAGCGAGAGCUAAGCGCUUACCAGAAGCCGUCUAUGAUGAAGAAGAUGAUGUUGCCGAUGCAUGCGAUGACGAUGACAUUGAACAGGAGCUGGAGAACAAAGAAAAUAUCCCUCCGAAAGAGGUUGCCGGAGAGACAUGUACUGCAGAAACAGCAGGGAAGGGAACGGACAAUGUCACAAUGGCUGUACAAACUCAAAAAAGUGCUUAUGUAGAGCAACUCCACUUUGGAGAUAUUCAAGACGAUGACUUGCAGAACUCUAUAGAUAUUGACUCUCUUUAUGGAGGGUUUCAGCCAGGUGAGAGUCAAGGUGUAAAUGACGAACAUUCUCAUCAAACAAAGAAACAUAGACUUUUGGCUAUUCUUCGCGAGCACAUGUUGAAAUUCUGGUCUACUACCGAAGAGAUAACUUCUGAGUUGGUGACUCGCGUUCAGGAAUGGGAGGAUACUAUGAUGCCUAUACUUGAAGAGGAAGAAACCAGGAAAGAAUUUGACAUACAUGAGUACGGCAAUGAACUGUUGUCCAUGUUUAAAGAAGUCGGCGAAACGAAAACCAUGGAUGAGCUGAUGGAUGGCAGAAGACGUUACGAAAUCAGUCGAUACUUUCUUGCCUGCCUGAUGAUGGUUAACACUUACAAUGUUAAAGUCGACUACGAAGAAGGAUUGAAUGAGCAAGGGCAAAUGAAAAACAUCAUGAGGGUGACCUUACUCAAACGUGGGAGACACCACGAGGUCUUUGAUAAGGAAGGAGCUCUGUGAAGUUGCACGUCCAGGUGGAGUGCUUGUCGAACUGACAGUUCACUGGCUAUACUUUCACCAUUUUAAUGAGUCGUAUUAAAGCGUGUCUGUUUUAUUCUUUCGUUUAUAUUUCGUUAAUUUCGCAUGUCUAGAAUAAUCUGCUUAAUCAUGCUCAAGCUAUACACCUCAGCUUACACAUCAUUGUAAGCGGUUCCCUAGUGCUCUUAAGUACAUAUGCGUUGUUCAAGGAAUAUGAUCUUGUUAUUUGAUAAUUUAUG